UGUUCUUGUAUCCGUUUUCCGGUUUUGAAAACUUGAAAUAACGCUUGAUAACGUUUGCCAAACAAGAAUGUCAAUGUCACAGUUUUUGAAAUAUUUUAGCUUUUGAGAAGCAGGACUGAUUUCUUAAUAACACUAAGUACCUACUAUAAAAAUGAGCGGGGAAGUAAAAUUGUUUGAUUCGAGUUCUACUGAUCCAUUGACGAGGGAAAGGGGAUUAUGCAUAGAAAACUGUUGUAAGACCCGUCCGUUUGUCGUGGCGCUGCAGGAUUGUACCAAAAGAGUGACUAAGAAAGCUGCUUACACCGCUGAAACUUGCCACGUUGAAAUUUUAGAACUCAUGGAAGCCCUCGACAAAUGUACAAAGAAUAAGGCCUUUUUAGAAUUGCAAUAGAACCCUCCAUUUGACUGAUUAUUUGGAAUAGUUUUAGAACCUUGGUUUAUAGUUCUGCUAGUGACUUUUUCUAGAUAUUUAUAAAUAAAAUAUA